CAUUUCUAUCGUGGUGAUAUUUAUUUCCACGUGUAAAUCCAACAGGUAGGUACAUCAUUAUAGAUGGGCACAUUCGAGAAAAUUGUGCUUAGUCACUUCAUAAAUGUUGCCAGCUCGAAAUAAUCAAAAGUAUUUUAUGAGUAAUUUAAACUGGUUAAUUUUUUCACCUUUCAAUAUUAGGGUAAGACUUAAAGCCCCUGUAUUUUGUAUCAGUGAAAGAAUAGCAGCAUAACGUAAUACCGAAUUAGGGUUUAAGAUUAUAAAACAAUCUCCUUUUUUUCGCUUGCAAUAUUUUCUCAAACCGAUUGCGCAGGUUCGAACUCCCUAGUUGCUCCCUAGUUUGAUUGCGCAUGUCCGCCCUCCUUAGCUCUCAUUGCCUGGAGUUAAAAAUCAAUACUAGAAAAUCUGGAAGCCUAGACAGACCUGUGAGCCAGACAUCUUGGAGCUGCAGUGCGGUCGAGCAAUCUGAUAGCUAUUCGAUACCAGCAAGAUAAAAAGUGCUAAUACUCUCCUGCAAAAUGAUUUCCAAUCGCCUGCAUCAAAUGGUACAUCCCUCAAACUACAGGCGCCCGACCAACAACCCCACCAUUGUUCGAUUCACCGCAAAGAACCUGCCAUCCCGCCAGCGUGAACUUAACGACCAAGUCAAUGAAGCAUUCGCCACAAACGUCCCAUUAGAAGAAAUCAGGCACCAAGAUGAAACAUCCGAUGUGGAUGUGUUUUUUAAAAUACACCUGGCUGCUAAACACAAGGAGGUAGAUUACAUAUUACAUAAUAUAUUCAAAUCAGGAGACGAGCUCUACAUAUCCAGAGUACUAAAAAAAUGCAAAUGGUUAUUUAAUGACAAAUACACAACCCUCAUUAACCCCGACUACAUGGAGAAAUACAUAUUCCCGGAUAUGUCAACGAGAAUGAUAAUUAAGUUCUUUAACGUAUUAUCAAAACAUAUUAAGAAUAGUGAUCGUGCUGAAGAUCGUGCUGAACACUUCUACGAGUACUGUUCAAAAUACCAUAUGAGACUUUCUGGAUAUAAACUUCUUUUAUUCACAUCAGAAUCAUUCAAGAUAGUAAUGAUGCGAGAAAAAUUACAUACUAGUAUUAGAUCAAACAACAGUAAAUACUGGCGAAAGUUUAUAGGUAAUUCUUUUGUAAUCUUUGAAGAGUUUUUACAGUUAAGAGCGUAUAAUAAAAAUGAGGUGAUUCGCAGUUGUAGUCACUUGUUCACUGUAUCAAGCGAACGGUUCUUAGAUUUGCUGGAGAGGCAUGUAAAUGUUCGGUCCGCAAAUCUUUUCAAGUUGGGCUUAAAAACUUCUACGGCAAUCGUAAAACACCACAAACAAAGAAUAAUGGCGAGACCUAACUUGUAUGCAAAUAUACUUAAUCUGGAUAGUCUGCUUAGGUAUAGUUUGCCUAACGACGUUGAACGAUACGGUUUAUACGUAUUACCCAGGCGUGUAAUAGAGUUUUGGAAUGAUGAACAUCACCAAAAGAGAUUUAGGAAGCUUAUUAGCAGUUUUCCUGAGAGGGAAAGAUUAGAUUAUGCCAAGAGAGUAUAUGCACUAAGAUACAAUGAAGAAUUUGAAAUGUCAAAUAAUUUCAUUGAUGCAAAGUAUUACAACCUAAUGACGCCGCAAGAAAGGGAAACUUGGGCACUGCGGAACUUAGCGAAUGCAUUUUUAGGUUUUGGCAAUGAUUACACUUGGUUUCAAUACACAAUGUUUGAUACAACAUUUACCGGAAUAACAAACUUGUUGCGACAAACUUUAGACCCGACGAGAUUAUUUCGUCUUUUUGAAGUUUUAGUAAAAGCUGCUAAAACUAAUCUUGAAAUUGAAAGAGUUUUGAAUCAUUAUUUUAUUUUUUAUGCAUAUUUUGACGUCGAUAUUAGAAAACCGGAUUUCCUACUCUUAGUUUUGAAUAAUCAAAACGUAUUUGAGUUCGAUGAAUUAUGUUGGAAUGCAUAUUAUAGAAUUGCCAGCACUAUUGAAGCUAACACGCCGGGGUGUAAAUUUAAAGUUGUUACAUUAUUAUAUAAGAUAGUAAAUGAUAAAGCUAUGACCAUAGACUUAGUUGAGUAUAUGGACGUUCACAUAGAAAUGAGCUCCCUUGAUAAAUACUUAAUGAAUUUUAAUGUGGAAACUACUCAAAAAAUAUAUGAUUACUUUCUUGAUUUCUAUAAAAUCAAAAUUCUUAGAUUUGACUCAAAUAGUAAUGAUAGGAAUUUGUUAAGAUACAUUAAGUUACUGAAAGACCUAAUAUCUGUAUUUAGUAAAACUAGGGCUGAUAUUCCUCAUGAUCUAUUACCAUACAUUGGUGAAUAUUUAGUUGAAGAAAAUGAGGAGCCAGUAAUGAUCAAUGAGCCAGUUUCGCAACUAAGUGAAAAGCAAUUACUGGAAUAUCUCAAAGUUGACGUAAGAAAGGUAAUUGAGAAAAUGCCACAGCUGAAAAAAUAUAUCGCUAGCAGCUGGGGCGUCAUAUUGAAGCGUUUCAUAAGCAAGGUAAAAAUAUACUUUUCAAAAGAUCUUGCCCAAGUAUUAUUGACUUGUUGUAUUAAUGUAGUCAAUGAAAAUUCAGCACUAGGUGUGUGCUCAGGAAUUGAUACCGCAGUAUAUGCAAUUUUUCAGUUGGCUGAUGAGUCUUUCAAAAUCAGGUUCUUCAUGAGGUACGCACCUGAUUCUGAAACAAUAAUACCUCAUAGAAAUAAAUCAAUAUUAUACUUGAAAAAGGCAAUAUGCCAAUUUGCAAGCUUCUCAAGGCCAACAUUUCACCAUAAUAAUAUCUUGAUGUACAUGAAGGGUGAUUAUAUGAAAUACUGCGUGCCUGUGAUUAACAGAUAUUGUACAACUCUGCCCAAUAAAUCGUGCUUUAGCUUUAUCAAAACUCUAAUAAAUUCACCUGUUGAAGAAAUUCAACAGCAUGGCAUAAGGUUAGCUUACAAUUUGAACUUAACUAAUACGAUGAAACUUGUGCUAGACAUUUGGAGAAACACGACUAAUACUUCCAUCAGAAAGAUUUUAUACAAGUCUGUAUUUGACAAGAUUGCUUAUGAACAAGUUGACGAUUUGUGCGAUUUCUUAAAAAUGUUAACAUCCGAAUUACGAGAUACGGAUGACGUAACAUGUUUGUCCGUAUUCUCGAAAAUUCACAAAUUGCCAUUAUACUUCAUAAGUGAAUAUACUGAUGUUCUUUGGAGAACUGUGAAAGGAUUCCAAGAUACUGAGCAAAAUCUAGCAACUAAAGCAGAGUUACUUAAACAAAUGGAUGAUAAAAUCCAUUGCAUACGUGUGGAAACUCUUGAGAGCAUUGUUACGGAACAUAUUAAUUCGUUCCCAUUUGCAAGAGUUGUACAGCUAAGGGGUAAAGAAAGAUAUUUUUAUCUAGCUCAAAGAGAUUUCGUAUUACACUACAUAGCAUAUCGUAGUGAGACUCACACGGAGCGUUCUGAAGGUAUUGCAAUAGCAAAAAUACUUUUAGGUGCGUACUUUAGGCACUGGAACGUUAGUGUCAAUUAUAGUUUUAUAGGCAGGAAAAUGUAUCAAGAAUUUAUUAGAGUUUUGAAUGCUCCCAGAUAUUUGCCAGAAGACGAUAAGCUGUUCGAUAUACUGCCACGUUGUAGUAGACCUGAUGCCAAUAUUUUCGUAAAUUGUUUGCCAUUAUUUGAGGCGAUUUUAACUGAUUUGGAGGCGACUUUUCCUUUGAACUUAGUUUAUAACCAAGUCUGGGACUUGCGCAUUAACAUUGCCAACAGGCAAGUAAUCAAUGAAAAUCUGACACUACGCCAAAGAGAUGUGAUGACUACAGCCGCUACCGAGUUCGGGAGACGCGUUGGGAAUACAAUAAGAGAAUCCGUUGAGAGUAAUACGUAUCAAUAUUAUUUUUCUAAAAACCUCUGUGAUGCACUUUACAAUGGUGUUCAAAAUAUUGAAAAAUAUCUUAGGGGCUCAGAGCUGCGAGAUGAUGUGGAUGACCCUGAUAUUAUAGUGUCACUGUGUAGUGGCAUAUUAGAAGUAAAUACAAAGGCAACUUGUCUGAUAGCCCUAAUUUUACUGCCUUUAAAUCCAACACGUGAUUUAGAUUUAUAUACAUCUGCGUACAGCACUAUUAGAGAAUAUCCCGACGUUGAUAUUCGGCGCCUUAUGCAUAGCAAGUUUCGUGUAGACGUGGAGCCAAUGGAAUAGUUAUGUUGCCCACUGUUAAUAUUGUUG